AUGGAUUCUAAUGCAUCGGGCUUUUUUCUGAAUCCUUCUGCUAUUCACUCAGUUUACUAUCAGGCAAAGGAAGAUGAUGGUAUUAUUGAUCUCGGUCUUAGUCUCAGAACCUUGCAACCUGAAGCUUAUCAUCCAUCAGGACAUUUCAUAGGGGAAGAAGGAUGUGGUGAAAUGAUGAGUUGGGGUCAGGCUAAUUCUUCGAUAAAACAUUCAAAUUCUGGAUAUCAAGGAACUGUGCAACAAGAAUGUGAUGAAGAGGCAGAAGGAGUGCAGAGCAAAGAGAAUUGGGCUUAUGUGAAAGUAAACAUGGAAGGAGUAGUUAUUGGCAGGAAAAUUUGCAUACUAGAUCAUGUUGGUUACUCAAGCCUAGCACUUCAACUUGAAGACAUGUUUGGAAGACAAACUGCAACUGGGUUAAGGCUGUUUCAAGCAGGAUCAGAAUUCUGCUUGUUUUAUAAGGACAGGGAUGACAAUUGGAGGACUGUUGGUGAUGUUCCUUGGAAGGAGUUUGUAGAAUGUGUAAAGCGUCUAAGGAUUGCAAGAAGAAAAUGAAGCUCUGCUCUCAUGGUUUUCAAGCACUAGAUAUGAAUUUUGAGCUUGAAAAGAAACAAGAAAAUUGUUUACUAAAAUGCAAAAUUUUGUGUUUUA